AUGAAAAUUAUUCUUUCAGCUCUCGUUGCCUUCCUUUACGCCAUGCCCAUUUUCGGCCAGCAGUACUCCAACCCCGUACUCUGGGAAGACCUCGCCGACCUCGACAUCUUCCGCGUCGACGAUGUCUACUACUACUCCGCAUCCACGAUGCACUACUCCCCCGGCGCCCCAAUCCUGCGCUCCUACGACCUAGUAAACUGGGAGUUCAUCGGCCACUCCGUUCCCACCCUCGACUGGGGAACCAAAUACAACUUAGUGAGCGGCCAAAGCGCCUACGUGAAGGGCAUCUACGCCUCAACAAUGCGAUACCACCCAACAAGAAAACUCUACUACUGGAUCGGCUGCAUCGAGUACGCAGCAACCUACGUCUACACAUCCCCCUCCAUCACCGGCCCAUGGACAAAGGCAGCUUCAAUCUCAACAUGCUACUACGACGCGGGUCUCCUCAUCGACGACGACGGCACCAUGUACGUAGCCUACGGCAACACCCAACUCAGCGUCGCCCAGCUCUCCGCCGACGGACUCAGCCAGGCUAAAACACAAGUCGUGUACAACACGCCCUCAAGCAUCGGCACUCUAGAAGGCUCACGCAUGUACAAGAUCAACGGAGCGUAUUACAUCUUCGUCACCAGGCCCGCAAACGGACAAUACGUCUUGCGCUCCACCAGCGGCCCCUUCGGACCCUACACAGUCAAGGAGCUGCUCUUAAACAUCGGCACUCCCGUCUCAGGAUCAGGAGUUCCUCACCAGGGUGGUUUAAUCCAGACCCCCAGCGGCGCCUGGCACUACAUGGCUUUUAUUGACAACUACCCCGGCGGCCGUACUCCCGUCCUCGCCCCCAUAACCUGGGGCACCGACGGCUUCCCAGCCAUAACCAAAGUCAACGGCGGCUGGGGCGCAUCCUACCCCCUCCCCCUGCCCGCGCACGCCCUCAAAUCCCCCGCUGGCACCGACACAUUUUCUGGAACGUCACUCGGCCCGGAAUGGGAAUGGAACCACAACCCCGACACCACCAAAUUCACCGUUAACAACGGUCUAACUCUCUACACCACAACAGUGACAUCCGACCUCUACGCUGCCCGCAACACCCUCACCCACCGCAUCCUCGGCCCCACCUCCUCCGGCACAAUUCUCCUCGACUACAGCACCACCAAAGACGGUGAUCGCGCCGGCCUCGCCCUGUUGCGCGACACCAGCGCCUGGAUAGGGGUGGUCAACAACGGCGGCACAUUCCGCGUCUCAAUGUACUCCGGGCUAACCAUGACGUCCACCUGGGCGACCUCCAGUACCGGGUCCGAAGUCGCCGGUGCCACGGUAUCAGGGGGUAAGAUCUGGUUACGGAUCUACGCAGACAUCCAUCCUGGGGCAUCACAACAGGGGUCGUUUUACUAUAGUACGGAUGGCACGACGUUCACGAAGCUGGGGAGCUUGACAAUGAAUAAUGCGUGGCAGUUCUUCAUGGGGUAUCGAUAUGCUAUCUUUAACCAUGCUACGAAGGCGCUGGGUGGUUAUGUUAAGGUCAACUCGUUUGCUAUGGAUUCGCCGGGGUAUACCACUUCGAGCCCUGCCCAGAGUACUCCUCCUACAAACACCAACCCUGUUUCUACGCCUACAUCCAGCGGUGGUGGUACUACUACGACCAUCCCUGGGGGAACAGUCGCGCAAUAUGGACAAUGUGGGGGAAUAGGUUAUACAGGCGCGACGGCUUGCCAGAGCCCGUUUACUUGCAAAUACUCAAAUGACUGGGCCUAG